AUGGCCCCUUUCCGUCGCCUUCCGCGGCUCCCUUCCUUCUUCAAGAUCUUUCUCAACCGUUCCUUCGGUCACCUGCCAUUGCCAUCUGGUUUUGUCCACAAGCACAUGGAGAACAACAUCCCUGACAACGCAACACUCCGAUCUGUAAAUGGAGGCUAUUCCUGGAGAUUGAAGAUGAAAAAAGACGGUGAUAUUUACUGCUUUGCCGAUGGAUGGAAGCAGGUCGUUGAAGACACCCAAUUGGUUUUUGGGGAUGUUCUUGUCUUUUGGCUCGUUGGUCGCUCCAUCUUCAAACUCUUAAUUUUCGGUACAGAUUGCUGUGAAAAAGAUUUCCCACCAAAAAUAAAGCUUAAACAUGAUCAUGAUCACAUUCAUGAAGAAGAAGAAGAAGGUGAUGAUGAUAUUGAUGGGGACGCCGGGGAUCCUUGCUUUACGAUGGUUUUAUCUAAACAACAAAAACUUGCUUUGCGGUUUCCGGGGGAAUUUGCCUGGUUGAUCAGAAUGAAGGCAGGAAGAACAAUAAGUAUGAAGAAUCUGGAAGGAAAAGAGUGGCCAAUAAGGUUGCUUUCAGAGGGGGUUCAUUAUACAAGAGACCGAGAGGGCGGGGGGGCACGUGUGGUGGUGGAGCAACCCGCCGGAAAAGUUUUGAAGAGACCGAGAGGUCGUCGUAAGGAGGUUGUGGUGGAGGAAAAGGUGCAGUCUACAGAGCCAGAUGGCAACGUUCCGGUGGCUGAAGUUGCUCAAGUUUUAAAGAGGCCGAGAGGUCGGCCACCGCGCGUGGAGAAAAAGGUGCAGUCCACAGAGCCGCCAGAUGGAAAAGCUCCGGUGGGUGAAGGAUUGAAGAGGAAGAGAGGGCGGCAGAGGCGUGUGGAGGUGGAGAGUAAAAACGGCGGUGUGACGGUGGUGAAGAGACCACGUGGAAGGCCAUUUAAGAAGAAUGUUGAUAAGAAAUCCUAA